AUGUCAGCGCGUCUCUCCGCUCUCAGACGUCCCCUCGCAAGGUCAAUUAGGCCUCAAGUCUUGCCCCGACGCUUCAACUCGACCGUGCCCCCGCCUAGACCCCCGGCAGCAGGCAUCUCUGCCGCCUGGUACGCCCUCUCCCUCGCCCUCUUCACCGGAGCCGGCUUCUUGCUCGGCAACGUCCAGACCCUCCCCCCGUCCACCUCUCUUCAAGAAUCAUCCAAAGCUAUCCCGCACCAACUCCAGAACCAGCCUUCAUACGGGUCUAGGCAGGAUUACCUUUCGGCUAUCAAAGAGCUGCAGGCCUCUUGGGAAAAGAAGGGCAAGGGGGACAAAGUGUCGACUGACGAUGCUGAUUUGGAAACGCAUGGGAUCAGUGAUUGGUCAUACCAUUCUGCUGAAAAGCCGACGGUAGUAGUCUGGGCCAACUCGACAGAGGAGGUACAAGAGAUUGUCAAGAUCUCGGCAAAGUACAAGGUCCCCAUCACUCCCUUCUCUGGCGGUACCUCUCUCGAAGGGCACUACUCUUCUCCUUACGGCGGUAUCUCGCUCGACGUCUCAGAGAUGGACAAGAUCAUUGAAAUAUCAGAGGACGAUGGAGAGGCAAGGGUACAAGCCGGUGUCAAGUGGGAAGACCUCAAUGCUUAUUUGAAAGAAAAAGGCGUCCCCCUCUUCUUUCCUCUCGACCCCGGACCCGGAGCCACCAUAGGAGGUAUGGCCGGGACAGGCUGUAGCGGUACGAAUGCCGUCCGAUACGGUACCGCCAAAGCCGAAUGGUUCCUCAACCUCACAGUGGUAUUGCCCACUGGCGAAAUUAUCCGUACUCGCUCCCACGCCCGAAAAUCCGCCGCGGGCCCCGAUACCACCAAGCUCUUCAUCGGUGCCGAAGGCACCCUCGGUAUCGUCACCGAAGCGUCCCUUCGCCUCGCCCCUCUGCUCCCCACCAAAUGCGCCGUCGUCACUUUCCCCGGCGUCGAAGAGGCUGUCAAGGCGGCGACGGAGGUGGUGAACAAGGGUUAUCCGGUACAGUGCGUAGAGUAUUUGGAUGGAAAGACGAUGGAGGCUAUCAAUAAGGGUGGGCUGGCUGGGAGGCAGUAUAAUGCGGUGGACUCGUUGUUUUUCAAGUUCCAGGGGUCUGAUGCGCAGAUGGCUGAGGUGGCUACCUCAGUCAAGAGCCUCGUCUCCAAACACGGGGGCGCCAAUUUCGAAUUCUCCAAAUCUGAUAAAGAAGCCGAUGCCCUCUGGCAGGGGCGGAAGGCGGCCUUAUGGAGUGUUUUGGGGCUGGUCGAUGGUGCGAGAGUGUGGACUACUGAUGUCUGUGUGCCGAUUUCGAAAUUACCAAGACUCGUCAGGGAGACAAGAGAAGAUUUCGAUGAACGCGGUCUUAUUGCCUGCCACUUUGGACACGUCGGCGACGGCAACGUCCACUCCCUCGCACUCUUCCGCUCCCCCGAAGAACUCGCCCGCGUCGAAGAAGCCGUCCACUCCAUGGUCGAGCGCGCCAUCUCCCUCGGCGGCACAUGCACCGGCGAACACGGUGUGGGGCUCGGCAAGAUUGAGUAUUUGAAGCAGGAACUGGGGGAGGGAACUGUUAAUUUGAUGGAGAGUGUGAAGAGGAUGGUUGAUCCGGGGUGUUUGAUGAAUCCGGGCAAGGUUAGUUUGCUUUUUUGUUGUGUUUUUGGAUAUGAGGUUCAGAGGGGUGCUAAUAAUGGGAGCGUAGAUUUACCCGAAUAUCAUUCCUAA